UCGAUUGGUUAGGUCUUCACAGGUAGUUUUUGAGCAGGUGACGUCACAGUAAUUUGGAGUAAACAGAAAGUUGUGCGAAGGAUCAGCAAGUAGUAAUGGUUUGCUUCUUUAGUACUGUAUAGCUGACGUACAGAAAAUGUACAGCUAUCCACUUUCAAAUAGUUUUUUUUUCCAAUAAUACAGCUGUUUUGGUCGCUCGCUGAAGGUAGAUAUAUUUUCUCAUUCAACAAGCGUCGAAGUCAGGAGAACACUCAAGAUCGGAGUUGUGAUAAAUAACAAUUCGGCACAGGCCUCGACUCAGUGGGAAACAAAUAUUCUUUCAACACUGCAAUUUUUCCUUAUAUUGAAAAGUAUAAAGUAGGGGAGUCUACGAGAUAAUAACUAUCAGAUUAAACCCCUCGCCAGGUCGGUACAGGUGGAUACCUUUUUGGCAAUGGCCGCUUUUCUCUUUCUAUGUACACUUUUUCAAAUACUGGCAUUUGGAGAGUUUGCUUGUACUAGACAUUUGAUGUCAAUAGAUGGAGGACGAGAGGACAAGUUGAAGGAAGUUUUCCUAGAAGAGGAGAAGGCAAAUCGGUUCUUGGGACGCCAUCUACUGUUCAACAGGUUUGACUUUGAGAUCUUCACUCCGGGAAAUUUGGAAAGAGAGUGUUAUGAGGAAGUGUGUAACUACGAGGAGGCACGGGAGGUCUUCGAGAAUGACAUAGAUACAGGUGCAUUUUGGAAAAAGUAUAAAGAAGAUGAAGGGAAGCGACCAGGAGGACGGCUAGAUGUUACAUCUCUCCUGGUGGGGUUGAUAUCGGCUGGGGUGUCCGUGGUUGUCAUAGGCCUUCUCUCCUGGUACUUUUGUCAUGGCAGGUGUAAAGAAGGCUCCUCGCGUACCAGCUCAGUCAGGGUGCGUCGGAGGCGCAGUAACGCAUCUGUGAUCCUACGGAGGCUGGAGGAGGUCGCUCUACAGCCGAUGCCAACAUUAGACAAUCCUCCGAUAGAGGGCAUCCCCCUCCCGGACCUGCCCACCUAUGAGCAGGCUAUAGCAAAGGCCGGGCCUCACGAUGCUCCACCACCUCCUUAUCCUGGCUCAAGACCUGGGAGUAUUCGGCGAUAGUGUUUUGGAGGCAAAAUACUUCACCUGACAACAUUAAGCACAACUUUACAGUUUUCAUUUAUAUUUAUCUGUGCCCCUGACAAAGAAUUACCUUUGGUCAGACAUCGUCAUUGAGGCCAGUCGUGGUUUUGAUUAAUUUAAGAUUUUUUGUGAAUCAUUUGAUUUGCGGCUUAUUACACUGGUCUGUUCAAGCACUGUUCAUGUAGUUUAGUUAUACAAAUAGAAAUAGAAAUUAAGUGAAGUAGAUCUGAAGGCUGAGAAAUGUAGAGCUGAACUGCAAUCAAGAUUAUGAUUGUUCUGUUUUACAAUACAAGUAUUAACUUAAAUGAUGGGAUGAAUGUAAGCUUGUGAGAGAACUCCAGAGAAGAAAAGCAAUGUAUGAAUAUAAUUACAUUCCUUAAUAUAACUUUUUAAAUUGAGAUGCUAUGGUUACGGUAAUAUUUUCUAUUAUUUUUCUUAUCAAAUUGUCUAAAGGAUUUUUUUUGCUGUGGGUUAUACAUGAAGCUGUUGUUGGGCAUAUUCUACCACUAGGUAACAUUAUUCCACUGCAAACAAAAAAUGUGUGUAGGCCAAAGCUCACAAAACUACAUACUUUGAAUAAUUGGAUUCUGCUAUUUUGGGGGGAAAGGCCCAGAUAAUUUUGCUGUAAUUUAUAACAAUGUCUUUUUAAAUCAUACCCAGCCAUUACUUUGAAUUAUGAAAAAUGUCUGAUGUUAGUUCUGAUGGUUUCCAAAGGUUGUUGGAACUUUUGCCUAAUAAAAGUGAGGAAUUUAAAAUGUUAUUUUGAUAUCCAUCCAGUGUAAAGAUGGAACAUUGAUCAUUAUUGAAGAUUUUCCUGCUUCAAAGGUGGUCUCUGCAACUUUGGAAACCAAGGUUAACUGCAUCACACAUGACCAGAGAAAGCUACGUUUGUUAUUCUCCAACCAAGUGAUUGCAAAUUUUCAAUACAUUUUUAAGUUAUAUCGUUUCUUUAACAGAGACACAGGGAAUGCAUGUUGUGCAAUAAUUGAUAUUGAGUCGGCGAGGAAGCGCCUGUUGAACUCUAAGAGGUGCUUAUCAAAUUCUUUGUGUUUAUUGCAGGGAAGAUAAGAUUGAAAUUGUCUGUAAAUGAAAUGUUAUGAAAUGCCAUUCAAACAAGGAUGCUCAACCAUU